AUGCUGCUGCGCGAUCUCCCAGAGCGCACGACCUUCUAUGAUCCAGUGGCAGAGCUUCAGAUGACCCAAACGGAUGCAAAAUUAUUCUAUCAGAGGAGCAAGAUUGAUACGCGGAGUGGAAAUUCUCCCUGGCCGCAGUCCACUCCCUUUGGAAGUCCACAAAUUCCUUCAGGCUCAUACCCGGCCACCGAGUACGGACUUGAUUCCUUAAUCCUCGACACUGAUGAAAUCGUAGACACCCCUGCCAGUCUCUUCGGGUCAACAGGUCCAUCCAAUGCCUCUUAUCCUAAGCCUGGUGACCCCACUAGCCAGGCCUUCAACGAUGCAAGAAUUGCCAAUGAGCCUUCUGUUGGCUUGCCGGGUAAUGGUCUUUUUGAUACUGAGCCUCACAUAACAGCUGAGCUCAGUGCUAUUGCCAAGCAAAUCCAUAGAAUACUUGAUGUAAGGCGCAAGUACAUCGCCCUUUCGGCUCAGGGUCCGAAUGACAAUCCUAGAGAUGACCCUAGCUGGGACAUAUAUCCCCCUCCUCCCGACCCUGCAUGGAUUCAGAGCCAUGGUCAUGGUCAUGGCAUUGAUGAGACCGGGAAGCAGGGUGUAAGCUCUCCUUCCAGUACUCAGGGACGAAAAAAGCCAACUCGGAAGAGAAAACCCGGUCAAGAUAUUGGAGAUGACUUCUGCUUGGAAGACUUACUGCCUUUGCCAGAGAGUGGUGACAUGACCUUUGAGCUCGACAGCGAAGGCAUUUAUCAGGUAUUUGACAAGUCGGCCAGUAAAACCCCCGCUAUAAGAGUGCCUACUAUCAGAGAAUUCUAUAUGGACUUGGAGGAAAUUCUCGCAGUUUCGUCUGAUGGUCCAAGCAAAAGCUUUGCUUUCCGCCGGCUUCAGUAUCUGGAAGGAAAAUUUAAUCUGUAUGUUCUCCUCAAUGAAUAUCAAGAGACCGCGGACAGCAAAAAGGUGCCACAUCGAGAUUUCUACAAUGUCAGAAAGGUGGAUACACACGUUCACCACUCUGCGUGUAUGAACCAGAAGCAUCUCUUGCGGUUUAUCAAGAGUAAGAUGAAGAAAUAUCCAAACGAAGUUGUACUCUUCCGAGAUGGAAAGCAUCUCACCUUGGCAGAAGUAUUUGCCAGUAUUAAUUUAACAGCGUAUGAUUUAAGCAUAGACACGCUUGACAUGCAUGCGCAUACCGACUCGUUCCAUCGCUUCGAUAAAUUCAAUCUUAAAUACAACCCUAUCGGCGAGUCGCGCCUCAGGACAAUAUUUCUUAAGACGGACAAUUUCAUCCAUGGACGCUACCUAGCUGAGAUUACCAAAGAAGUGAUCUCUGAUCUAGAGUCCAGCAAAUACCAGAUGGUGGAGUGGCGCAUAUCUAUCUAUGGCAAGUCUAUAGAUGAGUGGGAUAAGCUUGCAGCGUGGGUUGUGGAUAACAAGCUCUUUUCCCAUAACGUUCGCUGGCUGGUCCAGAUCCCUCGCCUCUACGACAUCUACAAAGCCAGCGGUUUGAUGGAUACGUUCGAGCAAGUCAUCAAGAAUGUGUUCCAACCUUUGUUCGAAGUCACGAGAGAUCCUUCUUCUCAUCCCAAGCUCCACGUAUUUCUCCAGCGUGUCAUUGGCUUUGACAGCGUAGACGACGAAAGCAAAACCGAAAGGCGACUCUUCAGGAAGUUCCCCGUGCCCAGAGCCUGGGAUACGAAGCAGAACCCUCCUUACAGCUACUGGAUCUAUUUCUUAUUUGCUAAUAUGACCUCCUUGAACCACUUCCGGCGAAGUCGCGGCUUCAAUACGUUCGUCCUACGACCUCAUUGCGGAGAGGCAGGUGACAGCGAGCACCUGGCUGUGGCGGCAUUGUGCUGCCAUAGUAUUAGUCACGGAUUGUUGCUGCGGAAGGUUCCCUUGCUACAAUAUAUUUUCUAUUUGGAUCAAAUUGGCAUCGCAAUGUCGCCGUUGAGUAACAAUGCCUUGUUCUUGGCCUAUGAGCGCAACCCGUUCCAUCAGUAUUUCAGACGAGGCCUGAAUGUCUCACUAUCUACAGACGAUCCGCUGCAAUUUGCGUUUACCAAGGAGCCUUUGAUAGAGGAAUAUGCUGUGGCUGCGCAGAUUUACAAGCUGAGCCCUGUUGAUAUGUGCGAGCUGGCAAAGAAUUCGGUGAAGCAGAGCGGAUAUGAAAAGGCCAUCAAGCAGCAGUGGCUGGGCCCAGAUUUUGAAAAGCCUGGGAAAGAAGGAAACAAGAUGGUGAAGACAAACGUGCCCGAUCGCAGAGAAGAGUUCCGGUAUCAUACACUCUUGCAGGAGAGAGACGUUUUGACCCGGUAUCUCGCAUUUAAUGAACUGGUGUCAAACGGCACACCAGCAAGCGCUCUGGGAGCAGAUCUUCAGGAAAACAAGAAGCCUACUUCCUCAGUCGCACAUACAGCGGCCGAGCAUAUGGAUGCAAUCCCAGAAGGGCAUGCAUCAUCCAUCGAGGCUCAUACUGGGGAUCCACUUCUGCCUCCUGGCACCAUGGCAGAUAGCCACGUAUCUGGGAACGAUCCGAUGAUGUUUCCUGGAAUUCUUGCCAGAGAGCACCGUAAUAACAGCUCCAGAAACCUGGCUCAAAGUGGAUAG